UGAGAUCGAGGGAAGGAGAGAGAUUCCGAGUCGAUCGAUUUACCGGACAAAGUGGCGAUCCAGACCCCACCAAGAUGAUCCUGACGAUCCUCCUCGGCCUCUGCAGCGGAUCGACCUGGGCUUUUCGUGGACCUCAUCACCCAAGAAGCAGCGUCUCCCAUCACCAUUAUGCACCUCAAAAGGAUGUCAAAUUAACGCAAGACGCCGAAUUACUUCACGAUGCAACACACUUGAAGGAGGACAUGGGGUCUGUUGCCGAUCAAUUGGACAUCUCGAAAAUGACUGAACAGGAGCUUGACUUCUUUUACUUUAACCUCCACGAUAUCGAUAACAAUACAAAAUUGGAUGGGCUGGAAAUGUUGCAUGCUUAUCAACACACGCUUCACGAACAGGACGAAGAGAAAGAAUUGGCGGACUAUGAAGACAAUAAAAAUGCCGAUUAUUUGCCCUGGAUCAUUGAACUUGUGGACAGGACGCUAGAAGAGGAUGAUUUGGACAACGAUGGCUAUCUAGGGUACAUUGAAUUCGUUCUUGGCAGGCAGAGAGAUAAGAAGGAAACGGUCAAGAGGGAUGCCACGCUUACGAUAAGACAAUAAGACUACUGCUUCCGCCCA